GGUGGUAACAGCAUGAGGAGGAUGGAAACAGCCAAUCAUGACCGUAAUGAAAAGAUUAGAACCAAUCGUUCCAAGGCGCCAGCACCAGUUGCCACUCCGGCUAAGAGAUUAUCAUCCAAGUGGACCACAGGGGUUGGACCCCGCAUCGGGUGCGUGCGCGAUUACCCCACUGAUCUGCAGUCAAAAGCACUCGAACAAGUUAAUCUAUCACCAAGGGUUACUCCUGGAUUCAAGUUUGAUCCAAUUCCUUCACCAAGGCCGAGUCCAAGGGUCCAUCUUUCCCCAAAGAUUGUAGGCAUGAGACUGCCUAGUCCAAGGCCCUAACCAUAAGCUAACUAAGCCACUUCACCCAGGGAGAUG